GAAAAAAAAAACUCUUCAAGGUACUGUAUGUGUGUGUCAUGUUUUUAAGCUGAUCCGACUGAGUGAGCUCACCUCAGAGUACAAGACUGUGGCAGAUUACGUGAGCCAUGAUGGUCUCCUAUCCAAAUCCAUCGUAUCAAUAAGCAGAAUACAGAAUCUGGAACUCUGGGAAAUAUACUGCAGGAAAAAGAGACAGCUUAUGAAAAUUAAAAGCGUCCAAAAUAUUCCUGAAAGGCGCCUUUUCCACGGGACCGACACUAAAAACGUGGACAGCAUCUGCAAGUAUAACUUUGACUUACGGAUGCCUAAGAAGAACGGAAGAACAUUUGGUAACGGUAUAUACUUUGCCAUCCAUGCAGCAUAUGCAGACAACUACAGUACCAACAGCACACCUGAUGGAAACACUAAAAGCAUAUUUCUUGCUCGGGUGAUGGUUGGGAAAUUUAAACUUGGAAAACAAGAUUUACUUAAGCCAGACGAUGAAAACGCAUUUGACAGUUGUGUGAAUGAUGCCAAUAAUCCCACAAUAUUUAUUAUAUUUGAUCCCAAUCAAGUAUACCCGGAAUAUCUUAUAAAGUACCAAUAACCUCACUCAACAUCAGUCAAUCUAUGUGGACGACAAAAAAUCUGUUGAAUAAAUAAAUAAAUUAAUUAAUUUGUUUGAGAAAGCUUUUUUUAGAGUAACAUUCCAUUUGAAGCCAACAGAGAAUUUAAAAUAUCCAAUAAUCUAAUUUAUUACAUA